AUGCAAGUAAAAGGUGCGCAGGUAUGGGUUUCUUUGAUGCCUCUCUUUAUGGUCCUUUUCAUGCUGGGGAUAAUUUGUUGAUUGUCCAAUGGUCAUGUGAGGACACAAUAGAAUUCAAAGAUGCAUCUGCAAGUCUGAUAUUUGAUCUUACCGCAAAGAAACUUAUCAGUUAUGACUCAGAAAAGUGCUCGGAGAAGAAUUUACGCAAAAACUUCGUUGCAUUCAUACAAGGAUUGAUUUCCUUCCUUGUGGACAUCCCUGGAACAGCUUAUCACAAAUGUUUACAGGGUAGGAAAAAUGCAAUGAGAAUGUUGGUAAACCUGCUACAGGAAAGACGAGAAAAGCCGCGAAAGCAGCCUAUAGAUUUUUUUGAUCACGUGCUUGAAGAACUCAAGAAAGAGGAAACGAUGUUAACAGAAGAAAUUUUUUUGGGUUUAAUGUUUGUACUGCUUUUCGCGAGCUUUGAAACAACUUCCCUAGCUAGUUCAGACCAUCCUGCAUUGCUAAAGAAAUUAACGGAAGAGCAUGGGAUGAUCAUAAAGCAAAGGGAAAAUGCUGAUGCUGGACUUACAUGGAAAGAAUACAAAUCAAUGACAUUCACAUUUCAGAUCAUCAACGAAACAGUUAGACUGGCAAAUAUAGUUCCAGCUAUCUUUCGCAAAGCAAUAAGAGAGAUACAGUUUAAAGGACAUACCAUUCCAGAAGGUUGGGCAGUAAUGGUUUGUGGAAGUUUAACACAUUGGGGUUGCUUCCUACACAUGCAUCAGACUGGGUUUCAUCCUGACCCCUUGCUCAGAUGGUGAUGCAGAUGUGAAAGGGGAAAGAAAUGAUGAUAGUACUGCUAAUCCUGACCGGCCAAUUUGUAAGUUAAUCUUUGUUGGGUUUCUAUUCUAAAUAAAUUGUUUGAAUUUUCAUCGCUUUAUUUAAUUAUGCGUCAGAUAAUUACAUGUCUGGAUGUGUUGAAUGUAGCUUAGUUUGCUGCUUUUAUUGCUUACCAAGUUUUUGAUUUUGUGCUCUUCAUCCAGGAUAUAGAACUUAGGGGACUAUAAAACUGGCCUCUUUCUUAUAUGUUUGAAGUUUUGCACCAAGUUAUUGCAUGUCCACUUGGUUUUGGUUUUGAAAUUUGAAAUUGGCCUCUUUGACAGUGCCUUGGUAUUGAUAACAUAGAGUUGAGUUCACCAAAUGUUACUUGUACCGAGUCUACUCUUUGUCGAAAUUCUGAUUUUUUUGAGUGACCAUUAAAGUACUCUAUGGGUAGUAUGAGCUUAGACAAUGCAUUUCUGGUGGUUAAUUUCCUCAAUGCAGCUUUAGUCCUCAUAGCUUAGUUAAAUGAUACUAAUGUCAAGGUUGAGUCAGUGGAAUUUCAAACUUUCUAGUUGAUGCUCAUGCAAUAAGAUUAAUGUAAAUUGUCAUGAGGGAAUAACUGGUACAUGUGGCUUUGAUUCACGAAUGAUUGAUGCUUCAAGACAUGGGACAGAGGAUGGGCAAUUGGUUUUGAGAGUCGCUUUGCAGGUUUGCUUUCUUUCUUGUAAAUGCUACGCAUAGAUGAAUCACUUCACAGGUCUUUUGUCAAAUGCUUGAUUCUGUAAAUUAGCUAGCUGUUAUAUACGAGAUGGAUUCUUUGUUUGUAUCAAAUGCUUGACUUGUUCAGUAGAAUACUUGGAAAUUACUGUACUUGUUAUUUGAAAACUAAUUUGCAGAGGGUUCUCUACUGCUUUUCACUCUAUAUAAAGUUGUUAUUAACGUCUCAUUCAGUUAAGGACGAAAGGGUAUUCUACUGGUGUUUGAGAUUUUAACCAAAAGAGACCUCUAAUUAAUUAGUCUAGGAUUAAUGAAAGAUGCAUCUGAAACCACCAAAUUUUGCGAUCCAAUAUUGCAGGAAAUAUUGCUUGCGAUCCAUAGACAAUUAAUUAUCUAUGGUUGCUUUUGCAGGAAAUAUUGCACUUUGCUUUUGCAAUCUCAUUCUUUGCAUCAUUCCCAAGAGGUUAUAGCUGCUAUCACUUACCAAAUAGUUCCCACUGACCCACAGUACGCUGAGAUACCUAUUGCUGCUGUCAGUUCAAUGUACCAACACAAGGGAUUUGGUAGCUCCUUGCUCCUGGAAUUGAAAAAGAGACUUCAAAGUGUUGGUAAAUGCACAAUAUUCUGUUGGGGAGACAAGGAAUCUGAAGGGUUUUGGCUCAAACAGAUCAGAAUGACAAGGAUUUGGAUUGGACGAGUGAGAGGUAGGAUCUUGAAGGAAAGGAGCUAAAGCAAGAAACUACUUUGCAUGACCUGGAGCUGGUUUCUUUAGUUCACAGUCAUGUCAAUGCUGCAGAGCAAUACGAUUUUGAGUAAGGCUAGAUUUUGCUGACCAUUUUGUAGAUGUAGUGAUAUCAGGAUGAAUUGUGAACAAAUUAUACUGCAUGUAGUUCUUGCAGUAGUGGUAUCUUCUAGACUAGCCUUAAAGUAGGUUAGGGUUUAUUGUGCAAAACUUUUGAAGCUUCCUCAAGCUCUAAUUUUGGAUAGAAAUUAAUGCAAUUCCCUAAUAUUUGAAUUUCA